AUGGAGAUCAGAGUUUUUUCUGAACUCGUAAAUAAGAGCCGAGUGGUAGAAGAAUGUGUGAGGAAAGCUGCAGUGAAAAAGGGAAGUAUGGGAAUGCCAUUUCAGAGGGCUCACAAAAGAAAUUUUGCACUGAGGGGUAGAAAUUUUAAGCGUGGAGGCUUUGUCCCACAACAGAAUCACAGCCAGGGUAAUUUCAGAAGGUCGGCUACUAAUGCUAAUCAAGAAAGAAGGUACCUGGCCGGAAAUUAUCCGGAGAAGAAGAAGAAGUAUGAGACCAGUAGAGUACAGCAACCAAGGAGAGUUUACACCACUUCUGUAGCAAGUGCUGAGGGAUCUGAGGCCUUGAUAAGAGGUAACUGUGAAAUAGCAGGUAGAAUUUUAAAUGCCUUAUUUGAUUCGGGAGAUUCAUUCAUUGCAUUUAAGAAGGCUAAUGAAUUAUGGUUGAAAGUAGUGGUCUUGAGGUAUGAUUUAAAGAUUGGUUGUCCAAGAAUCAUGUCUUGCUUGACUGCUCAGAAAAAUCAGUAUGCUUUAUGCUGGAACAGUCAGAAGCGCUUGUCGUGGUGA